AUGUUCUCUGUAGCUCUGCUGCUGCUGCUGGCUGCUGGAUCCUGUGUGUACAGUAUUGAUCUGAUCCAGCCAGACUCAGUGGUUGUGCAGCCUGGACAGUCUUUGUCCAUCACCUGUCGGCCCUCUGGAUAUGCCUUGACUGAUAGCAGCUAUGCAACAGGUCGGAUCAGACACUGUAAAGGAAAACCAUUGGAGUGGAUUUUCCUUCAUGACUACUGGAUGUACUGGAUCAGACAGGCUCCUGGAAAAGGACUGGAGUGGAUUGCAACUAUCAGCAGGGAUAGUGGCAGCACCACCCGCUACUCCCAGUCAGUCCAAGGCUUGAAUGGCCAGGCUAUGGAGUCCAUUCCCUCCAGUCCAGUGCUGAAAAAGCCUGGGGAAACUCUCAGUCUUUCCUGCAGGGGAACUGGCUUCACUUUCAGCAGCUUUGCUAUGCACUGGAUAAGAAAACCUGCAGGAAAAGGACUGGAAUGGAUAGGGAGCGGUUACUCUGAUGCCAGUUACAACACUUACACAAGCAGUGUGCUAGGACGCAUAGAAAUCAGUGUUGAUGGUCAGACUCUGACACAAUCUGAAGCAGUGCUUAAAAAGCCUGCAGAGUCCCACACAUUGACCUGCACAGCCUCUGGAUUCACAUUCAGCAGCCACUGGAUGGCCUGGAUCAGACAGGCUCCUGGAAAAGGACUGGAGUGGAUUGCCUAUAUCAACACUGAUGGCAGCAGCACCUCCUACUCCCAAGGCUCAAAGAUGUUGUCUGUAGCUCUGCUGCUGCUGCUGGCUGCUGGAUCCUGUGUGAAAUGUGAAACGUUGACACAGCCAACCUCUCUGACUGUCCAGCCAGGUCAAACUCUGACCAUCACCUGUCAGGUCUCUUAUUCUGUUGGCAGCUAUUACACAUCUUGGAUCAGACAGCCUGCAGGGAAAGGAUUGGAGUGGAUUGGACAGGUUGCUGGUCGCAGCACAAAUUACAAAGAUUCACUGAAAAACAAGUUCAGUAUGUCCACAGCCUCUUCCAGCAAGACAGUGACUCUAACUGGACAGAAUCUGCAGCCAGAAGACACUGCUGUGUAUUAUUGUAGGGACAUCCCAAUCUGA